GCAUCUGUGUUUCAUCAAAGCUAAAUGAACGCGAUGGGGUCCAAAAAGACGUGCGAACCGGUUGGGAAUAGCUGCACGGAAAACACAGAAAGAGCAAACCUGAGUGAAUAGUUUGCCCUUUUACAGCAAGUGUUGCCCUGGUUGCAGCAAGGGAGGCAAACCGAAAGGUCAUUGUCAGAGCUGUCCAGUCCAAUUUCAACCUAUUCUACAGCCUCUGUCCCAUUCAAAUUCUCAUUGUUGUUCCAAAGCCCACCCCCCUUUGCUGUGAGAUUGCUCUACACUAUUAUGUGCUCUCUAAAGCCUGUAUUUACUCUCUAAUUUUAUCAACACUCAACUGUGAUUUUAUUUGCGGUUGCUCAUUAUAAUGAUAGUGAACAGCGAACAGUACGACUGACAUUGUUAUUUGUUGUUAUCAGAGACAGCAUUAAAUUGGAUUAUCAUUCUUUGUCAUUUUAGUGAUUAUAAUACUUCAGUAGUCAUUGCUGUGGAGUAGUGGUUUUUGAAGUAGCAGGUUUUGUUAUCGUGGAAGAAAAAUUUCCACUACAAAGGAACUGGUUCUUUCUUGUUUGUUUGUUCCUUGAAUCAGUAUUGGAGGAUUUAUCAGUUGAAGUCGUUGUAGUGUUAAUAGUUUAGCUCACUUCUCAACUCUUUGUUUCCAGGAACGUGAUGUUACAGCCCAGUCAUCCAGUCAGGUCCCCCGCAUCAUGUUGACCGACUGGUCAUCUGUCUCUUUCUCCCAUUCUGAGAGCCUGGUUAGGGUUGGCCUAGAGGGACACUUUACCCAAAGAACAGUGCAGGACAAAACCAUAGGAAGAGACAGUAAUGACAAGAGCCCUAACCAAUCACUUGGUGUUGCUACAGCCAUUGACCAAAGACUGACCACACCGGAUGACCGCAGAGCUACCACAGUGGAUCAGCAGCGAUUAACAAUGAUUGGUCUCACCUCUCAGAAACAGACUCUUGUACAGAGCCAGACCCUCCCCAAGGCGUCCAAACCUCCUGAAGAAACCCCUGCAGACCAGACACAGAGGAGGCCCCCACGUUACGAGCUGAGGAUCCAGGAGUCCUUUGAGGAGGCAGAGAGGGAGGAGGGCAGGGAGACCUUGGCCAUGAUACUCACAGACAGGGAGGUGAGGGUACUGUCUGGCAGAGAGGCUCAAGAGCUCGGCAGUUCAGGAGCUGGGGAGGAGGUGCAGACCCUAAUCGUCCAACCCCAGAUACCAGAGGGCAACGUGGAGUUCCAAGCACCCGGGACUAAACCCAGCAGGCUGCAAUUGAGCAGCACUCCACUGAUCCUCCUAUUCGGAGAGUCCCUGCAGGUCAAAGAGGCCUACAGACAACUAGAGGCAAUGUUGGAGGAGGAGGAGGAGGAGGGCAGAGACCUCCAGGUUGGAGGCCAGGUUUGCCACAGUGGGAGGCCAGUGCCGAAACUGAGGACGGUGAGGAUGCAGGGCCCCUCCAGGAGAGCUGGACCCAGGAUACAGCUCCCUAAGGCCCAGUUGGUCGCUUUGAGGGAGGCUUUGAGGCAGGGCCUUCAGACAGGUCACAGAGCCCUGCAGCUCUUCGUCAGUGCAGAGAGGGACACCGGCAUAUCGACUCCCAUGGUGGGUGACUGCGGGUCGAAAUCGCUUUGUCCUGGGGUUUCUGCAUCAACGCCAAACGGGCCAGCCCGGCCCCAGCAGAGCCAGGCUGGAGGUGUUGGCCUUAAAGGUGCACCAGCAGGGGACCUCCGCAGCAGCACCUUCCAGAGGUUGGACAGCCUGGAGGAGACGAUUCGGGAGCUGGAGAACACCCUACAGGAAAUCAGCGCCCACCCCUCGGCGGGCUACCUCUUCCCCAGAGACUUUCUCAGGCAGCUGGGCACCGACGGCAGGAGCGAGCCGUGUAGUGCAGGGCAGGUUGUGGUAGGUCCAAUCCCUUCACCCAGAACUGCAAUCUCCGAGACCACCUCCUCCAUCGCCAAGAAGAAACCUCCAGUCCCGCCCAAGCCCUCUGGCAUUCCAGCCAACCUCACCAAGGUCCACCCGCCCUCCGUGGUGUGUCACUUCCUGUUUUGUCAUUCAGUGAUCUCCUCAGUACUUUUUGGGCUUUGGAUUGUCCUUUUGUCUGAUAAAUCCUCUCCUGAGAGACUGUUCUUUCUCCUCAUGGGCAGUGCUGGGCAGCCCAGUUUCCAUCUAUUGCAUCUGUUCUGUGCUCCUGCUAUUGAAAAUAUCUCAAUUUUUAAAUUAUCCUGAAAGUGAAUUAUCUUAAAUGCGAUUUCAAUACAACAUAAGGAUAAGGGUAUUGGGAGGUUUGCCUUUGAUAGGGGCACUUAACAGAGUAAAGCAAAUAAGUGGUUUCCUACCUUCCUUGUUUCUUCAGAAAGAGUGUACAACCCCACCUUUAGAGAUGGACUGACCAAGGUGACCAAUGUAUAAUCCAUGCUGAUAUAGAACAUUCAUAUAGAAUUAUAUUUUAUUUAGCAGACACUUUUAAAAGCGACAUGCAUAACAAAUUAUCCUAAUGUUGCUGUAAUGUUGUGGUGGUGGCCAUAACAUUUUAUGCACUGCAGUGCGUAAAGUUUAUGUUAUUAGUUUGCUAGUGCUGGCAAUUGAGUGCUAGCAUUGGAAAAGUCACACGCUCAUUUGGUUGCAGGUCUCUAUUUUCUGAAGGUUGGGUUCCUGACUUAUUUGAGUGCUUGGUUGUUGGGAACAUACCUAUUGAUUUCUCUGUUCUGUUAUGCUCCCAAUCUGUAAAUCAGUGGACUCCUGCCUCUUCAUCAAUAAACUGCCUUCUCCCUUACUGACCUCUCACUAAAAGGUCCUCUUGAUUGAUUUUCUCCAAUGGUCAGUGGUGUUUCCUGUCCAAUUCUCUGAAAUCAAUAACCCAGUCCAAGCCUUAUUAUUGCUUGAUUCCUAUUGACGUAUUUGCUCCUUGGUUUGUAGGACAUCACUUGUGUGUUAAGGUGUGUUAAUGGAACACCACAUUAGGAUGGCUUUCUAUAAUACAUCAAAGUGAAAGUUUCAAACCAUGGCACAAACAAAACAUAGAUUAAGUUGGAUGGAACAUGAAGACAGAUGGAAAGGCAGAUUUUCUCAUACUUCCUGUACAUUCACAUGAAUACAUAUUCAUUCUUUGUAUCUUUUCCUUUAUCAGAACUUGAGACAGUGCAAAGCAGCUGUAUCUCUUUAGUCCUGCUAAAGGUGACUGGUGAGUUUUCUAAAUUGUGAUUUUGUGGCUAAUGGCAUACAACAUGCCUUAAUCACCAGGCUACUGAAUAUCAUGACAUUGUCAUGUGGUAUGGUACAGAUGAGCAAGGAAUUAAGGGACAUGGAGUCCUCAAGGAGAAAAACGUAAUUAUUCAUUACCUAAGAUGGUGGACCUCAUUUUCAAUGGCGAAUGCACUCUUCACAUUUCGCUUUACUCUCUGCCAGCAUUCCCACAGCAGUGUGGUGCUCUGCUCAGCCCUGGAGCAACAGAAAGUCAUUAGCACUUCACUGAUUCACUCUCAUUUUGAAAUGCACACAAUUAAUAAGAAGAAAUAUUGUAGAGGAGUGUAAUCAGGAUUUACAUCUCUGAUGCUGGGUAUCACUGAAAUUCUAAUUAAAAAUACAUUAGGAGGCAGUUACCAGGCAUCCCCGAUGGAGAUAUUUUAUCUAACUUUUCAUCUGCUUCUGUUCUGCUUUUCCUGUGAUGAAUCAAUGCAACCACAGAUGAGUAAUUAUUUGCUCAUGCUUAAAAACCUGUGGCUGACUUUGAAGAGCCGUAGUUGCACGUGAGAAGAAUCUUCAGCGGCAGAGUUUCUUAAAAUUGAUUUUGCGUGAUGGUUUUAUCAAGUUUUUUAUUUUGAGUGGUUUAUAUUGAGUGGUUUAUUCUGAGUGGUUUCAUUAAUCUCGUUGAGUGGAUGAUCUGAAAGGUUAGUGGGAUUUCCGAGAUAUGUGCAGGAACA